AUGUCCGCCAACAACAAACAAAUAAAAAUCGACAAGCGCGACUUUGACGCCAAUCGACCUCUUCUCUCCGACCAUGGAAGCGCCGACGAAGGAACCGGCCACUCAUCAAACGAACCGCGCAUAUCCAGAUUCUCGGCAGAUAGCGAUGGCUCAGACCGACCCGGCGAAGGGCUACUGAGUGAGGUCGUCGAGAAUAUCGUUGAACGGGACCGGGCAAAGAUGAAGCGGGAGGUUGUACGUAUAUCGAGUUUUGUGUGGAGUGUUUUCAGCUGUCUCGGCGCUGGGAGUAUUACGGCCUUCUCCCUCUACGGACCACUGCUACUUACGCGACUACAAUAUUCACAAGACCGCGUCAAUGGCAUCGCUGUCGCUGCGGAGGUAGCUAUGUACCUUCCCGUCUCGAUAUUUGGAUAUUUAUGUGAUCGAUACUCGCCCGCGCCCGUUUCGUUACUCGCCGGCAUAUUCUUUGGGGCGGGAUACCUACUUGCAGCACUAUCAUAUAAGAGCGGUCCACCCGUCGAUGUGGGUGGAUCUGGAUGGCCGUAUUGGGUCAUGGUCGUGGCCUUUGUGUUGAUUGGUAUGGGCACAUGCUGUCUCUACGGCGCGGCAGUAACGACAUGCGCAAAGAACUUUGGGCGAGGGAAAUACAAAGGCAUCAUGUUGGCGGUGCCCAUCGCCGCGUUUGGGUUGAGUGGUAUGUGGCAGAGUCAAAUUGGCAGUCAUGUACUAUGUGAGAGACUGGCGGAUGGUUCGUGCAGUGAGGCGGUGGAUGUUUUCCGAUAUUUUAUCUUUUUGGGGAUUCUGUUGUUUGUUAUUGGGGUUGGUGGAACGGCAGCAUUACGGAUUGUCAACGAUGAGGAACAGGAGAAGUAUAUUGAUGAAGCAGUGUCGGAGCUGGAACGAAGUGGAAUUUUGGGUGAAGAUGGGUUCUUUCGUCCUCGUGAAGAGGUUAGGGCGGCAUAUGGCACGUUUCAGAAUGAGGGAAGUGAUUCGGAAGGUCUUGCAGAUGAUCUGUCUAUGACGCUCUCGGAAGAAGAGCGUGCAGAACUGUGUCGUCAAAAAGAGCGCGAAGAGGAAGAGCGUCAGAAGAAGAAUUGGCUCUUGAAUCACGAGACUAGACUUUUCUUCAAAGACCAUACCAUGUGGUGGCUUGCUUUGGGAUUCUUUUUUGUGACGGGUCCCGGGGAGGCAUAUAUCAAUAACCUUGGAACGAUCAUCCACUCAUUGACUCCCGUUUCAUAUCCUCUUCGCUCACCACCACCUGCAGGCUCAGCCUCAACUCACGUCAGCACAAUCGCCAUCACAUCAACCCUCGCCCGUCUGCUCGUUGGCUCCAUCACAGAUCUCUUCGCACCACCCGCAACACACCAAUUUAUCUACAGCCUCGACAACCCCAACCGCGAACCAAUUCCGCACCCCACGGACAGAGGCUACAAGGGCAUUACAGUCUCGCGCCUCACCUUCCUACUCCCGAGCGCCUUUGUUUUGUCUCUUGGUUUCUUAAUCCUCGCCUCCCCCCUGAUCCUCCCUCACCCAGGCCUAUUCCAUCUAACAACCGCCUUCGUCGGCUUCGGCUACGGCGCCUCCUUCGCGCUAAUGCCCAUCAUAAUCUCCGUUGUCUGGGGCGUCGAGAACUUCGGCACAAACUGGGGUAUUGUAGCCAUGGUCCCCGCAGCGGGCGCCGCUUUUUGGGGCUUUGUUUAUUCCAAAGCAUAUCAAGAUGCUCUUGUACCUAUAGAUGAUGGUAUAAGGCAGGGACAGUGUUUUGGAUGGAGAUGUUUUGGGUUUUGGGCUGGGGGUUGUAUGCUUAGUGUUUGGAUGGCUAUUGUGGUUUGGUUGAUUGCUUGGAGGGGGUGGAAGAAAAGGGGGGUUGUUGUAUAA